GGGCAGGCGUCCCUACCCGGCGCCUGCUCUCGCUUGACCCCCUGUGCCAGGACCCGGCGACCCGCGCACCUCAGCUCGGCUCCGGUGCCCGUGCCAGGGCCGCGUGCCAGGUCGGCCGGGCUGGGCGCAGGCGGGCGGAGGCGGGCAGGAAGCGCCGCGCAGAGCGAGCCGGGGACGCUGGGAGCCCGCGGGAGACGCCGGCUUCCGUUCCGCCGCCCCGCCGGGCCUGGGCAGCCAGGGUAAAGGCCUCGCUGGCUCGAUCGCCCUCGGGCCCCGGCUGCGCUGGGCCUGGGCGAGGGUGGGGUUGGGGGCUGGGCAAGUGCGGCUGGGAGUUCGCGUCCGGAACGAGGAGAGAGCUGGCGCGCCGGAUGGGAGCACGCCUCCCCUCCACUCUGGUCCCCGAAGCCAUCUGGAAGUAGGAGAGCUGUGUGGUGGGAUCCAGUCCGGUGGGGGAGCCUUGGACCCGUGGGAACACCGUCCCUGAACUUUUCCUGCUGUGUUCCCUUCCUUUGCUUACUGCUGUCCUGCUCUGGCUGGCUCUGCUAAGCCGAUUGGGUCACGCAGCCACUUCACCCCAAAUGUGCCCUUCUCUUAAUUCCUGUUCUCAGCGAAGGAGGCCAGGCCCAAACGUGAGCUCACAACAGGGUAAAGGGCUCAGGAAAGACUUCCCAGGAGCAAGGACUUUGCCCAGGAUCCUUAGCUCAAUUUUUAAAUUUUCUUUUAUUUUUUUACAGUACUAGGGCUUGAACUCAAGGGAUUCACGCUUGGUAGGCAGUCACUCUACCACUUGAGCCACGCCACCAACUGAGUAGGAUCUUAAAGAUUGGGUGCAGCCUCAUUUCUCUAAUCCCACCCACUCAGGAGAGGAAGAUGGACAGGAGAGAAGUGGUGCUAAGUCCCCCAGGCUCUGACCUUCUUCAGGAUGAAGUGGGGCCACCAUUUGCCCAGGGCCUCUUGGAGCUCUGCUCUGGGAAGAACACUGCAGAUACCAGCUAAGCGGAUCCCCUUCCUGGUCCACUGGAGUUGGUUCCUUAAAGGGCAGAAUCCCCUUGGGCCCUCUAGGGCCCUAAUACGCCAACAUGGAAGCUCAAUGGACUGUGCUCCCCCACCAGGAAAGCAUGGACAGCUGUUCGGGAGCAUCUCUGCAGCUGAAGCUAUCCAGCAGCACCGCCGGAACCUAGCUGAGUGGUUCACUCGGCUGCCCAGAGAGGAGCGCCAGUUUGGCCCAACAUUUGCUCUAGACACGGUCCACGUUGACCCCGUGAUUCGCGAGAGCACCCUUGAUGAGCUGCUUCGCCCAUCUGCAGAGCUGGCCCUGGAGCAUGAACGGCCCCGGGCCAGGCUUCCCCCACUGGCUCUGUCUCAGCUCUUUGACCCAGAUGCCUGUGGGCGCCGGGUGCAGACUGUGGUGCUAUAUGGGACAGUUGGCACAGGCAAGAGCACGUUGGUGCGCAAGAUGGUCCUGGACUGGUGUUAUGGACGGCUGCCUGCCUUUGAGCUGCUCAUCCCCUUCUCCUGCGAGGACUUGUCAUCCCUGGGCCCUGCCCCAGCCUCCUUGUCCCAACUUGUGGUCCAGCGCUACACACCCCUGAAGGAGGUUCUGCCCUUGAUGGCCAUUACCGGGUCCCGCCUGCUCUUUGUGCUCCAUGGCUUGGAGCGUCUCAACCUUGACUUCCGGCUGUCAGGUACAGGGCUUUGUAGUGACCCUAAUGAGCCGGGGGCACCAGCUGCCAUCAUUGUCAACCUGCUGCGCAAAUACAUGCUGCCUGAGGCCAGCAUUCUGGUGACCACCCGGCCCUCUGCCAUCAGCCGCAUCCCCAGCAAGUAUGUGGGUCGCUAUGGUGAGAUCUGUGGCUUCUCUGAUACCAACCUGCAGAAGCUCUACUUCCAGAUCCGUCUCAACCAGCCCGACUGUGGGUACAGCGCAGGGGGUGCCGGUGUCUCAGCCACACCAGCUCAUCAGGACAACCUGGUGCAGAUGCUCUCCCGAAACCUAGAGGGACACCACCAGAUUGCUGCCGCCUGCUUCCUGCCCUCCUAUUGCUGGCUGGUCUGUGCCACUUUGCACUUCCUGCUUGCCCCCACGCCUGCUGGCCAGACCCUCACAAGCAUCUAUACCAGCUUCCUGCGCCUCAACUUCAGUGGGGAAACCCUGGACAGCACCGACCCCUCCAAUUUAUCCCUGAUGGCAUAUGCAGCCCGAACCAUGGGCAAGUUGGCCUAUGAUGGGGUGUCCUCCCGCAAGACCUACUUCUCUGAAGAGGAUGUCCGUGGCUGCCUAGAGGCUGGCAUUAAGACAGAGGAGGAGUUUCAGCUGCUGCACAUCUUCCGCCGGGAUGCCCUGAGGUUUUUCCUGGCUCCAUGUGUGGAGCCAGGACACCUGGGUACCUUUGUGUUUACUGUGCCUGCCAUGCAAGAGUACCUGGCUGCCCUCUACAUUGUGCUGGGCUUGCGCAAGACCACCCUGCAGCGGGUGGGGAAGGAAGUGGCUGAGCUCGUAGGCCGCGUAGGAGAGGAUGUCACCCUAGUACUGGGCAUUGUGGCCAAGCUGUUGCCUCUGCGGAUUCUGCCUCUGCUCUUCAACUUGCUCAAGGUGGUCCCACAAGUGUUUGGGCGCAUGGUGGGUAAGAGCCGGAAAGCAGUCGCCCAGGCUAUGGUGCUGGAGAUGUUCCGAGAGGAGGACUACUACAAUGAUGAUGUUCUGGACCAAAUGGGUGCCAGCAUCCUGGGUGUGGAGGGCCCCCGGCGCCACCCAGAUGAACCCCCCGACGAUGAAGUCUUCGAACUCUUUCCUAUGUUCAUGGGGGGACUUCUUUCUGCCCACAACCGGGCUGUGCUGGCUCAGCUCGGUUGCCCCAUUAAGAACCUGGAUGCCUUGGAGAAUGCCCAGGCCAUUAAGAAGAAGCUGGGCAAGCUGGGCCGGCGGGUGCUGCCCCCCUCAGAGCUGUUUGACCACCUCUUCUUCCACUACGAGUUCCAGAACCAGCGCUUCUCUGCUGAGGUGCUCAGCUCUCUGCGCCAGCUCAACUUGGCCGGCGUGCGCAUGACACCCCUCAAGUGCACAGUGGUCGCAUCUGUACUGGACAGUGGUAGGCAUGCCCUGGAUGAGGUGAACUUGGCUUCCUGCCAGCUGGAUCCUGCUGGGCUGUGCACACUUAAGCCUGUGUUGCUGCGUGCCCGGAAACUGGGCUUGCAACUCAACAACCUGGGCCCUGAGGCCUGUGGGAACCUCCGAGACCUACUGCUGCAUGAUCAGUGCCAAAUCACCACCCUGCGGCUAUCCAACAACCCAUUGACAGAGGAGGGGGUUGCCCUGCUGGUGGAGGGGCUAGCAGGAAACACCUCGCUGACACACCUGUCCCUGCUACACACGGGCCUUGGGGACAAGGGGCUGGAGCUGCUGGCUGCCCAGCUGGACCGAAACAAGCAGCUGAAGGAGUUGAACGUGGCCUACAAUGGUGCUGGGGACACAGCAGCCCUGGCCUUGGCUAAGGCUGCCUGGGAACACCCUUCCCUGGAGCUGCUGCACCUCUACUUCAAUGAGCUGAGCUCAGAGGGCCGCCAGGUACUGCGGGACUUGGCAGGCACUGCUGAAGGUGGUGUGAGGGUUGUGGCGUCGCUGACAGAGGGGGCUGCGGUGUCCGAGUACUGGUCGAUGAUCCUCAAUGAAGUCCAGCGGAACCUCAACAGCUGGGAUUGGGCUCGGGUCCGGCGCCACCUCGAGCUGCUGCUGCGGGAUCUGGAAGAUAGCCGCUGUGCCACCCUUAACCCUUGGCGCAAAGCCCAGCUGCUACGAGUAGAGAGUGAGGUCAAGGCCCUCCUAGAGCAUCUGGGAGGCUCUGGAAGCUGAGACAGUGGCAGCUGAAACAUCAUUGUGGGACCAUUGGCCCCAAACCCGUUCUCUUUGUGCCCUCCUAGCUUACACUACUUCUCUCAGAAAGAUCCCUUCAGGGCUGGAGGCAAAGAAGUGGGCACGACUGUGUCAGUUAUCCCCCUGUGGCAAGUCCAACCAGGACUCCUAAGCCUGGAAUUUCCAGGGUCAUGCCUGGUGAAUUGCCAGGCCUGGUGGUGCACACCUGUAACCUCAGCACUUGGGAGGCUGAGGCAGGAGAAUUGUGAGUUCAAGGCCAGCCUGCUAUAUAGUGAGACCCUGUCUCCAAAAAAAAAAAAACAGAAAAAGCAAACCCACAACAACCCAAAACAGAUUGUGAUUCCUCUCCCUUUAUUACUAGGACUAAGGAUAUAGCACUUGAAUGGCCAAAUUGUCUUGUAGCACCACCAACCUUGCCUCCCUCUGCUUAGAACCUCCGAUUGUGCUACCAAGGGGCACACUUCUCACAUUUGCGAUGCCAGGGAUGUCACCAUCCCUGGAGGUCCCUGGAGGGCUUCCCCUUCUGCCUUAAACGCACCCAUGGACACUGAGGAUGCCCUCACUUGGUGCUUUCCCUUGCCCUCAUUUUCCCUGUCUGCACUGGUACUGAUGUUCCUAGGAGCAGGUACACCCAACCUGCUGCUAUUAAAAAGCUAUGUCUCUUCCACCUACUGUGGCCUCAUCGUCCUUGCCUGGUGCUUCUGAGAAAGGGUUGUUCUGGUUGAACUAUGGAAGUGGUUCCUGGGCACUGGACUCAGAGGCCCAUGCUUGUGAUAUUGGGAUGGAAUUGGUUCUGCUGGGCCACAGCCUUCCUCCCACCCUUCUCACACUUAAACCCCCUCCAGACUUGGAAAUACAGUGAUCUGCCUUUCUCUGUGCAGAGGGGCAAUUAGUUAGCUCCAAGAACUCUGGAGAAAGUUGAGGGGCAGGAAUGGGGACAGGAAGAACACACACACUUCCUAGAGGAUAAGACUCAUCACUGUUAACCAUUACCCAUUGUUUCCU